AUGGCCGAUUUACUUGGGGUUCCUUCACAGCAGAUUCAACGAAUGGGUGGUUGGAACACUGAUACUAUGUCAAACUCCUAUCUUGAUUCUCUUCCUCGCCAAUUCAUGCGCGUUAUGACCGGCUUUGAAAGCGAUGCUAGCUAUUACUUGCCUAGGGCUAUAGAGGAGCCAUGUGACAGAUUGAAGCAGUUGGUGUUUCCCUGGGUUGACUAUUGGUAUGAUCGACAUUCAAGCGGGACAGUUCAAGAAACUUCUGGUUCAGCCGACAAGUUUCUGCUUUUGAUUAAAUGCUUCAAGACGACUUUCUUACAAGACGCAGCUGUGAUGAUGGACAUAAUACCUGAACACCCUAUUUGGAGACACGAAAUUUUCAGAAACCCACUCUUUCUAGAAUUUCAAAGAAAAGCAAAAGCUCACGUUGAAGAAAGUGAAGUGCCUCAUUCAUUAAUUAUUGAAAGAUUUGCUCCUGAAGUACAAGAGCAGCUUUCCAACAUCAACCGAAGUAUAGCAAAUACAAUGCGAGAAUUGAAUGAACGUCAAAAGAAGUCGGAUGAAAUCCAGCAGCAAAUGCAAAAAGUGUUUGACAAUAUAGUCACCGGAAAGCAGCUACUGCAACUGUCUUUUAGGAUGGACCAAGAGAACCAAGCAGUAGCGACAACAGGCGCUGUCGCAAAUACCUCUGCCUUGCCAAGAUCAGAAGAUGUAUCGCAAUCAAAACAAUUUUCGGAAGAAGCCCAACAAAGCCCACCACCACCAGAUUACAACAACACCGCAGUUGCAACUAUUUCACUUCCAUACAAUCAAGAGGGUGUACCGUUAUACAAAAUGAAUCGACAAGUGACAACUGUGUGUGAUCUUUGGGACGAGUGGACAAUAGGUCGAGAUGGAUUCUGGUCUGUUCAAGAAUUAGAAGACAAAUGGGGCGCUAAAUGA